CUAAAGAUGAGUGGAGAUGAGAUUGGAGCUUUGGUCUUUGAUAUUGGUUCAUUUUCAGUACGGGCUGGUUAUGCAAGAGAGGACAUUCCUUUGGUAGAUUUUCCUACAUCAGUUGGCGCAGUACUUGAUGGAGAAGAUGGAGGUACGCCAUCUAAGUAUUACAUAGAUCCUAACCUUCAUGAGAUACCUCAGGAAAACUUGGAAGCCAUUACACCUUUCAAAGAAGGAAUGAUUGACAACUGGGAGAGCUUCCAGGCUAUAUUAGACCACACAUACAAAAGGCUUAUCAAGUCCAAAACAAGUUUACAUCCAGUUCUGAUGUCUGAACCUGUAUGGAAUACAAGAGAAAAAAGGGAGAGGCUGACAGAACUGAUGUUUGAGCUCUACAAUAUUCCAACAUUCUUCCUCUGCAAAUCUCCAGUUCUUAGCACAUUUGCAAAUGGCCGAUCCACCGCUGUGAUAUUGGAUAGUGGUGCUGCGUAUACUACAGCUACUCCAGUUCAUGAUGGACUUGUAAUUCAAGAAGGCGUUGUAAAGUCACCUCUAGCUGGAGACUUCAUUACCCAGCAGUGCAGAGAGUUAUUGCAAGAAAUGAAUGUGGACCUAAUCCCUCCAUAUAUGAUUGCUUCUAAGGAGGCUGUACCAGAGGGAGCGCCAGCUAACUGGAAGAAAAAGGAAGAGUUGCCUCCGGUCACUCAGUCUUGGCAUGAUCAUGCGUGCAAUAGUAUAUUACAGGACUUUAAGAAAUCUGUGCUACAAGUUUCAAGUACCGUGUAUAAUGAGAAUGUAGCAGCCAAGAUGCCUACAGUGCACUAUGAAUUUCCUAAUGGUUAUAACCGUAAGUUUGGAGUUGAGCGACUAAGAGUUGUGGAGGGAUUAUUUCAUACGUCAGAUGUAAAGGCUUCACCUGAUAAUACUGCACUUGGAGUCAGUGAAGUUUUGCUGAAAAGUGUUGAGAUGUGUGACAGUAAAAUAAGUGCAAAAUUGUAUGGUAACAUCAUCCUUUCUGGGGGAAACUCAUUGUUACAAGGUUUUACUGACAGACUGACCAGAGAUCUCUCCAAAAGGACAAAGGUAUCAAACAUAAAACUGAGGCUGCUUGCAAGUGAACUAGCAGUAGAAAGGAGGCGGCUUAGUGCAUGGCGUGGUGGCUCCACCAUCGCUUCACUGGGAACGUUACAAGAGAACUAUAUAUCAAAGAAGGAAUAUGAAGAAGAAGGAAAACAUUGUGUGCAGAGGAAAUGCCCUUAGUUCUGCUACAUUGACCUAGUAAUUUCUUCUGUAGCUGUAUUUACCAGUUUUGUAUAGAAUAUUGAUGAUUUAAUAAUGAUGGUUUGUGAUUUAAUGUGCAGGUCAACCUCUGAACAAUAUUUUGCAGUGUAAUGGUCCUGAGUCACAGGCUGUAGGUCUUAGAACAUCUUCCUGCACUCCUUGCUGGAUCAGUGUCUAUACAGGGCUUGCACUAGUGACUGCAAUCUACGACGUGUGAUCUUUACCAGGGCUGUGAAGUUGGAGUCGGGGCUAUUUUGGCUACAGUCGGAAAAAAGUACCAACUCAGACUCCAGCUUACAGAAAAAAAAUCUCGUAUAAUUUAAGUUCCUUAGGAAGUGUAGAAAUGUUAAUAAUAAAAUAUAUUUACGUUCUAUCAAUCUAAGGCUCUUAUUUUAUUGUCAGAGAUGUUGCCUGUGUGGUCGCUGCUGUGCCACCAACAGAAAGUAGUAGAGAGGUUGUCCUCUGCUUUCGGGGAAUCCAUGAAGGAGAAUCUGACACGGGCUACUUUCAC